UUUUAAAAAAUAAAAAGAAAUUGUUUACAUUUAGAUUUUUACAUGCACCGAGUUUUUAAAAUCAUUUAAAUAAACAAAAAGCAAUUUAAAGACAGUUCAUUCAAACUUCAAACCAUUUUAUAUGUAAUACUAACAACGUCUUUAAUAUGGACAUUCGAGUGUGCUUCAGCCUAAAAAAUCUAAGUGCUUCCGCGAUAGAUUUCUACAAAUGCGCUCUACAAGAGAACUCAGAUCCCUCCUCGUCGAUAGCACCAUUCGUGGCGACUCCAAACGGCAAUGAAAUCUUCGAAAUAAUUGAAGAAAACUUCGAUGAACUCCACAAACCUGAAAUUCUCGUUGGUGUGUUGAAAAUCCUCAACCUAACUAUUCAACAAUCCUCCACUGGCACAUGUCGCUCGAUGUCCCAGACCUUGAAGAACCUGCUCACGCAGCACGCUUCACACGAACCAGAUUAUUGGAUUGCUCUGCAGCUGCUUAAACAGUUUCUAACUUCAUUGCCCUCGGAUUUUAAAAUUCCUGAAGAACUUGUCGAUGAAAUUAUCAAACCCAACGAAAGCGUCAGGGUACAAAAUCAAUUGGCAAUAUGCAUUUGUCUGUUAGUGGACAAAUUUCAAAGAACGUCUCUCUUACAAAUCAUUUGGCAAGAAAUUCUGAUGAAAAAGUCACCCAAUUUGUUGGUGAGCUGCAUUGAUCCUCUUAUCGCCAAGCAUCGCAUCCAUCUGAGUUCCGAGUUCUGGCGGCUCAUCGAGACGUUUCUACUGACGGAUUCCAACCGCAAAGCUGCCAUAUUUUCCAUUCGAAAAGUCCUCACUUUCAUCUGCAGCACCGAUGAAGAGAUUUAUGUUAAAAGGUACUUCGUUUGGCCGGGAGAACAAUUGCUGGCUUCAUGGCUGACAUAUCUAACGAUUUUGGAAAAUCUAGAAGAAAAACAAUCUCAUCUAAUUCUGCCGGCCUUGCAAUUGAUCGAGAGUGUCCGUCUGGGGGAGGAUACACCCUGGAUUCGGAUAGUUCUCCAACAAAUGCUACGGCACAAGAACAACCUUGUCCUACGCUGGACAGUCAACUAUUUGUUCGACAAGUUCUUCGAACUUGUUUUGGCAAAUGGUAUCCUGGAGGAUUUCUUCCAUGCCACCAAUAACACGUGGCUGUACAAUGAAAAAGACGCCUGUCGACUUCCGCACUUCAAAAUAGACGAACAAGAUCACUUCCUGAAGGUGUUUGCGGAAAUUCCCUGGAAAUCGGUUCCCAUGCAUGCCUGGUUGAUGGAAAUGAAACAGAGAGUCGUGUGGAAUGAUGUCAAAUGCAAGACCGUCAUAACCACCGCAGCCAGGAUACGACAGCUGCAAAAUCGCUCCAUUCGUUCACAUAGCCGAGAAUACUUUGUGUCCAUAUUCAAAUCCAAAAUCGAGCAAAUGGCACUUGACGAAUUCAUCAAUUUUCUAGAUGCAUUCUACAGCAGCUCAGACACACUUACCCCCGAACUUCAAUCUCUGUUGAUGACCAAAAUAGAAGAGAGCCCAAAGCCGCAUAUAACUUUCAACUUAUUCAUGUUGUUGCGGAAUCAACAUUUAAGCAAAAACCAUCAGAUGCUCUUACUUGAAAAGCUUCACACCCUAAAACAGAGUGACCAUAAAUGGUUUUCCGUUCUUGUGGUCUUCUUUUUUGAAAAUAGUGCUUUCAAAAACGAAUUUUGCUACGAGUGUUAUGGUUUAAUGGAUUUUGAGAACAAUCUAGCGAAUGUUUCAUUGCAAGAGCAAACUUCUGAAUUUGUAAAGAAACUGAGCUGGGAUGAUGGUUCGAAGGGGGUCAUUCGGGAACUAACUGUCGAUUGGUAUUCAACAAGAUGCGGUGAAAUUAAAAAGUCUGAUUUUGAAGAUUUGUUGCACACUGGGGGGAUCAGAACUCUCCUUAAUUUAACAAAUCAAGCAAAAAGAAACUUCCCAUUAGAUGAAGCGAUGAUGAAUUCUGUGAUAGCCGAAUUGAAGACUUGGACCAAGCGAAUGGCAGACACUUUUGAACUAGUCCGGAACAUAAUUGAUUCCUGCAGACUGUUCCAAGCUGAUCUCUUUUGCAAAUACCUCAACGAAAUUCUUGACAUUGACGUUUCAAACAGUCGACUGGCUUUCAAUGUUUUUAAAACUUGCCUGGAAAUGUGCACUUUUCAGGACACUGGUGAAAGGAAAUUACUGAUUCGUGGUCUUUUGUUUGGCGAACCAUUGACCGGCGAUGCGCGUCUUGAAUACGACUAUGCUGUUCGGUUGAAUUUACCAGGUUUGGAAACUGAAUCGGCUUACACUAUCAGGGAAAUGUGUUUGAAACAUCUUAAAGACUUGGAUGCUGAUUCGCAGAAGUUCUUGAAAAAGUAUUUGAUCGAACAAAGUAAAAAUAUGAGCAUUCGAAAACCACGAUACUUCGAAAAUUCUAAGCAGCAUCGUUUGAAGUUGAGAAUAGUUCAGGCUUUGACUAUACUCAACUAUCAAUUACCGCAUUGGGAUGACUAUUAUCUCUAUGCAGUUCUUCAGGAGAAUAAUCAAACCAAUGUCACUUAUAUGUACGAGUUUCUUGUUGCCACGACCAUUAGCGAGGAGGAGCUCUUCCAUCAAAUGCAAAACCUACCUCAAAACUCGACCAGUUGUCAAAGCUCACUGUUUGCCAUAUCGUAUCUGUUUAGCGUGCACCAUGAAUGUGGCAAUGGUGUUGUCAGUAAGUUGAUUACACUCCUUUUGCCCUGGACAAUGGGUGCGAAUUUCAACACUCGACUCCACGCGCAAAUAGCAGUGUACCAUUUGCUUAAGCGUUUCAAAAUCCCUGAAUUCGCAUACCUACAGGUGGCCAUCGAAAAGGGACUGACAGAGAGUCCCAACGCCAUCGAGAAAUUGAAUACAGAUGUAAGAUUCAACUAUCCUGAAAAGCUUCCAUUCCUGAAUAAUGCUGAACCCGUUCUCUAUGUGACUGUUGUGCCGGAAGAUGAGCGUUUGAGUUCAAGUUUGGAUUACCUGAGCUUUUUUGAUAGUUUGAAAGAGGCUCGCAGAAUUCAGUUGUUGAAAAAAGAACCAAGCAAAGAACAGGAAACGAACGUUGUUGUUGUUGGGGAUGUGCAGAGGAAAAUGAAUCCUGAAAUUGAUUCAUAUGAUUUUACAAGCAGCAGCGGUAGCAAGGAACGACAAGUGCAUGAUUUUGAUAUGAUAGUCGUUGCAAGUCUGAUUGAUAAGCUGCCAAAUCUUGGUGGUAUAGCUCGAACGUGUGAGGUCUUGGGUAUCAGAGAGUUGGUUUUGGAUUCGGAAAAGCACACUCAAAACAAAGAGUUCAAAAACCUGAGUAUGACUGCAGAAAAUUGGAUAAACAUCACAGAAGUAAAACCAAAAGCCUUACGAGAGUUUCUGCUGACGAAACAAAUCGAAGGCUACGAAAUUGUGGGCGCUGAGCAGACCUCGAAUAGUGUGAAUUUUAUGGAAUUUAAAUUCCCCAGGAAAUGUGUUCUUUUGUUGGGACACGAGAAAGAAGGGAUUCCUGCUGAUCUUAUUGCCUUACUUGACUACGCUGUAGAGAUUCCUCAAUUUGGAAUGGUCCGUUCGCUAAAUGUGCAUGUAACUGGUGCGCUGUUUAUGUAUGAAUACUGUAAGCAACGUUUGACGGUGCUUGAAAAGUGAUUUCUGUUUUUAAGCAAGAUGUUGUUUUUUUAUAGCCAAUUUUUGUUUGAGUAAUCUUUUUUUUAUAACGAAAAAGUUUGUUUUGGGCAGGAAACUUAAACUUGGAAAGGAAACUUAAAUUGA